AUGGUCACCGUCACUAACAACACAUCAUCAAUAGUCGCAGAUGCUUUCAAGUCUCCGGAUGACCUCGCAAAGCUCUCUACUUUCAAAAACAAGUUACUCAAAGAACGCGCUGUAAUUGAAACUAAAUUGAAAUCCGGCGUUGCUGAGCAGCUUGAUAUUACUAGAGACGCUAUCAGAAAGCUUUACCUCACUAGAUCUGAUGUUAAACGGGUUUCUCAGGGUAUGUCUAGUGUUGGUGACAGUAGCAGUGGUAUUACACCCACAAUCUCUUUCUCUAAAAUAUCUCAAGUUGCAAUGAUACAUCGUAACUUUGGUCAAGUCGAGGAGACUGUACACAACUUGAAAGAAAUGUACACUAAGAUUCAAUUCUUAGAAUCUUGGUUGGAUUCUGAUAGUGAAGAUCCUCAAGGUCCACAUGACAACCUUAUUCCAAUUCACAGCGAAUUAUCUCAACUAGAGAAUUUUAAAUUUCAAGCUUUAUACCAAGCCAAUGAGCUCGAUAUCCACACGAGAGACACUCUCAACAAACACUUUGACACGCUCAACACCCUCAUUCAACAGUUCGAGCUCCAUUUAGAGGAUCUCUCCAAGCAUAUUCUCGAUAUCGUCAGAUAUGGCGACUCUUCCGUCGUGGAGAGGUUGGUUCUGAUUGUCGAGCAUGAGCAAGGGGAGGAUGACAAAGUGAUGGAAUUCAAAAAGCUCAUCGAGGCGAACGACGAGUCAAAGCACGACCGGUACAAGCAGAUGCAAGCGAACUCGCGCGUGAUAAAAAAGACAAAGCAGAAGUUAUUUGACGAUAUAAGAGGUGGAGUGAGUGAGUUAUUCGAUGCAGCCGAAGAGCAAGGUCAAAUAGAGCAAGAUGCCGGGGGGUAUCUCUCGACGCUCGAGUGGAUAUACGAGGACUAUGAGGACAUAGCUAGCAAAGUGCAAGUGCUAUUCCCCAGCGAGUACAACAUCCACUAUAUCUACACACGCGCCUACCACGAGCGACUCGAUGCGUCGUUACAACGCAUAGUGGCGAGCGAGCCUGAGGCAAGGGUUUUACUUGCGCUACACGAUUUCGUGCGCCGCUACGCCACCGAGAUGAAGAGACUGAAUAUACCACCAGAGUGGACCACCGACCCUCCCCUUCUUGACGGGCGGGAGCAGGAGCUGAUAGAAGAUUAUGUUGCACUGCUCACGCGCAAGCUUGACGAGUGGUCGCGCAACCUGAUGUCAGACGAGAAGAAGGAGUUCAGCCAUCGCGCUCACCCGCCUGAGGUAGAUGGCGACGGGCUGUGGGGGAUGCAGGGAGCCGUCAUCCUCUUCCAGAUGAUCAACUCGCAAACAGAACUAGCCGCAGGUAGUGGACAGGGCGGUGUGCUGGCGCGCGUAGUCGGCGAGUGCUCCCGCGUCAUUCGCUCCGUUCAGACCGACUGGACAAGCUUGAUAGCGGCGGAGACGGCGCAAAUGGCCAAGAAACCCGAGUCAGUCGCUAAUGGACUGGGUGAAUAUCUUAUUGCACUAGCUAAUGACCAAAUCAAGUCGGCCGAUUUUACGGAAACUCUCCUCACUCGCACCGAAGCCCUCGUGAGCGAUAAGUAUAAAGACGUCAUACAGCGUCACCUCAACGAUGCUAUGGAUGGCAGUCUCGAUGUUGCGCGCAGGUGUAUCGAGGUCAUUGUCGAUAUCAUCUUCGCAGAUCUCAAACCAGCUGUGAAGGGUCUCUUUGGGAAUGCCUGGUUUGAGGAGUCGCUCGUCGUACAGAUUCUCGAAACUAUGCGCGACUAUCUCGAAGACUGGUCCGAUUUCAUUAACGUUUCACUAAGGGAGCUCCUCGUUGAGUGUCUGCUCCAUGAGUUCCUCGUCACUUACCUCAAGGCACUCAAGAACUGCUCACGCAUCCGGGUAGGGCCUUUCGUACAGCAGAUCAAGGCUGAUAUGGCGGAAGUGCACACUUUCUUCAAAUCCCAUCGCAAGGCGGGUGAUAUACAGGAUGAUUUGGAGAUCAUAGAUAGAGUUGUUUCCCUGCUGACGUCUUCUGAGUCUAUGGUAUAUCUCGACUAUUUCCCCUUCGCUAAACGUCACGGCCCUUGUCUCGCUUUCGUCUCGAGCCUCAUCAGGGCGCGCGACGACUUGGAGAAACGCGAAGUGAGGGAUAUGGUCGAUACUAUACACAGGAAAGCGGAAGAAGAGAAAUUCCCUGAACCUGAUCCACCAACUAUUAUGAGCCGCAUAAAUUGA